AGGUCGCUGAGCUUCUUCAGGGAUUCCCCUGCGUGAGGACUCAAGAGUUUUAGGACACAGUCAUCCCCGCAGUUAGGCUGCGUCCUAACCAUAAUCCUUAGAUUUCGUGUAAUUUGGGGGGCGGGGUGUUAGGAAAGGAGACAGGAGGGAGUUUUUGAACGCACCCAGUGAUGGAGAGAAAAGAAGCAGCGAUUAGAGACGUGCGGGCGACGCUACACCUCUUCAAAGCGGCCGCAGUUCACAAAGUAGCCAUGCUCUGUUCCUGUUGAAGCAGAUUGUGAGAGCAGCAGCCGGCCAGAAACUGAAAAACUUUCAUACAGAUGUCACUGAUCGUAUUUCAUGCACGUGGCAAAGGAGCGUGCUUAACCAUAGUAACGUGUUCUAGCUGCCGUUAACGGCUGGUCAGCAGAGAGAAGAAAGGUACGGACUUCACCCUGAUCACCCUGACACUUCCGACUGAUCUUUUUUCUGUCUGAACUCAUCAGGAAGCGUGCUGUGCUUUCCAUUCUGCCGGGAUGAAUCGCCCUGUGACAGAGCUGCACGCAGCACAGUGCCGACAGGGACAUGCUGACACUGCUGAUUCUUCUUCAAAAGCUUGCAGCUCUGAGAAAGACAGUAAUUUCUAUCCAGUCUCAACAGAGACUCCUGUUUGGUCAUGGCCUGCUUCAAAUAUGAGUGUGCCAGAGGUAGUUCCCAAUCCUCACCAGCAUACUAUCCAGCCCGAAAUGUUGGACCCUUUCAGCUUAAGGUAUCAUACUCAUUCUUCAACUGAUCCUUAUCAGUCCUCUCAGUGUCAGCUGACUUGUUCAGACUACUUCCUGGAGCCACAGUUGGACCAGAACCACCUCGUCAGCAGCCCUGUGUCUGCUGCACCAGAUGUCAGCUCAGCUUCUGCUCCUUGGUUUACUAAUGAGCCCGUUCUCUGCAGCACGAUGCCGAUGGUGUAUAAUGUCAGUGGAGAUGAACAGUUGGCGCCGGUUAAGCCCUGCAAGCCAGGACCUGCUUUUCUUACCGUGGACUCUGCACCAGCUAAACGAGAUGACGCAGUAACUCGAGGGAAAGAAGCGACUGCACAGGGGACUUCUAGCCAGUACCACGAGACAGCCGGUCCACUAUAUGAGGCUCGAGAUCAGAUGGCCAAAAUGCAGCUUCCAGCAAGAACUGUUGGAAUGUUGUCUAAGUCCAGGAAGCCCUGCCACUGCAACAGAUCACGAUGCCUCAAACUCUAUUGUGAGUGCUUUGCCAGUGGAUUGCUGUGCAGCAACUGUAACUGCUUUAACUGCCACAACAACGGAGAGCAUGAAAUGAAGCGUCACAAGGCAAUCGAGUGGUGUUUAGUUCAUAACCCGGAUGCCUUCAAGCCCAAAAUUGCUGAUGGGAAGUCAGGAGAGGUCAAAGGUUGGCACAACAAAGGCUGCAACUGUAAACGCUCUGGCUGCCUUAAGCGCUACUGCGAGUGCUAUGAGGCCAACAUCAUGUGUACCUCCGGCUGUAAAUGUGUUGGCUGCAAGAACUAUGACAACAGCUCACAAAUUGGCUCCAAAGAGGGGGCUGUCAGUGCAAAGGACAAGUGGCCUGUAUCAGUGAUAACCCCCUCUGUGGUGGAGGGUGUGUGUUACUGUCUUAUGGCUCAGGCUGAGAUAGCUGAGAGAGACACUCAGAGCUUUGCCCAGGCUGAGCGCAUGGUCCUGGAGGAGUUUGGAUGCUGUCUCUCACAGAUUGCUGAAGCCAUGUUCAAGAACAGUGACACUAACACUUCUACACUGUAGACACAGAAAUCCUUUGUUUACAGUUUCAGUAUCGUGGGCUUGGAAGAUUUAAUGUAUCUGUUUAUAUGUUUCAAGCUUUGGUCUUUGAAAGCUUUAUUGAUCAGUGUGAAACUUUAGUGACUUGUUGAUAUGUUUAUUGUUCAUUUAAAUUCACUAGUAUAAAAUUCUGAGGUGUAUUAUUUUUAACAUAGUGUUUUAUCUACAAUUUGCACUGUUUUGGUUUCUGUGGAAAUUUCCAUAAAGUUUGAAUCAACACUGAAAUUUAGCAAUGUCACUGUUUCUGGUUCUGAUUUAAAACUACAGAUUUAGCAUUCAGAGUUAUGACAUAAGUCGCUGAUUUUAUGUUGCAUAAAUUACUUUAUUUAAUUUAAGGUGAUUGUCCUUGUGUUUUUUUUUGAUGUUGUUAAUAUAUAACUGUUUAUCUUUUUAGAGAAAAAAGGAUAAUAAGUGUAUGUGUGUUACUUAGUGUGGAUUUAUUUUUAAU